CAGUUGAACUUUCCCAGCAGUCUCCCAGCAUUGGGCUGAACUCCAUCCAGAAACGCUUGACGACAAAAUGACGGCGGUGGCUUUGCCGUCAACGCAUUCCAUCAUUAAUGUCGUCAAUGAGGCGAAUCUCAACAAAAUUGAGAGCUUUCUCAACGACACGGCGUACAGGGAAGCCAUUGAGAAUUCAUCCACUUACAACAGCAGAUUAUGCCGAGAACGGAGAUUACGAAUGCCUUUCCUCGAUUCCCAAACUGGAGUCGCCCAGAACCACUCGAACCUGUUCAUGUCCUCGAGGGAGCGUCUCCCUGGUCUCCAGCACGGCCAAAUAUACACAUAUCCCAGUAAAAGAUGGAGAAAAAAGCGGAGACAGUACCUAAUGCACUACCUACAUCCGAAACGAGGUCGAGGCGACCUGGACGAUGGAAUCGAAGUAGAUGGAAACGUGGCGGGUAUCAAUGAUGACAGCAAAGAAUCAGCUACCCUCAAAGGUUUCCCCAUGAAUUUCGCAGACGAACACAGCAAGGAUGCGUGGUACUAUGACGAAGAAGAUAUGUUGGAUAUGGAUGCCUUCGAGGAGAGAGACCAGGACAGUGAUUACGAUUACGAGGAGAGCUACAGCAGUAAGAGAAAAAGAAGAAGAGGACCCAGAGGUGGAGGACAUCAUCCUGCCAGGAGUCAUCCACCAGCUACUGACAGUCCAGGACCGAAAAGAUCUAAAGGCGGUGGACGAGGACGAAAAAAAGCAAACUAUGACGCCGGUGACUCCGACAAGCCAUUCGUGUGUGACCUAUGCAGCGCACGGUAUAAAACCAGACCCGGUCUGGUCUACCAUUACGGUCAUUCCCACUCUACUUCCUCUGGUGAUCCUGCUAAGGAACUAAGUCCCAGUCCUGCCGAUGUUGAAACACGGAGCGUUGCAGACACCGCUGCUUCGGACCAGCCAGGUGGUACACGUCGGGGGCGACAGAGUACAACAGCAAGCUCGAGUACUUCGAGUCCAUCCCCCGUUGGGAAUGUGAAUGCAAGUGUUGGUGGAGCAAGUCAGCCGUCGCAGCAGCAACAGCUGCCGCCGGUUCAGACGAGUGUCCCACCAGUAUCACCAACUGUCUCAACACCCAAGGAGGAUCAUCAAUUGAUGACCGUUGGAUCACCAUCAGCGGUAACAUCACCAGGACCCAUGAGGCCAGAUGUUGCUAUUCCUGCUGGAUUAACCACCAGUCUCGCUAACACUAUCGGCCCAACUGGUGGACAAACUAUUGAUAAGAAGACCGGUAAAACACCACAGCCAUCACCCUACUGUGAUUUCUGUCUUGGUGAUGCUAGGGAGAAUAAAAAAACCGGUGGUUCCGAGGAAUUGGUCUCAUGCAGUGAUUGCGGUCGUUCAGGGCAUCCAACUUGUUUGCAAUUUACUGCAAAUAUGAUCGUUUCUGUACGCAAGUACAGGUGGCAGUGUAUCGAGUGCAAGUGUUGUUCCAUAUGUGGCACAUCUGACAAUGACGAUCAGUUGCUGUUUUGUGAUGACUGUGAUCGUGGAUAUCAUAUGUAUUGUCUAUCCCCACCUCUGGCAACUCCACCCGAGGGUUCCUGGUCGUGUCGCCUGUGCAUUGCCGAGUUCCAUCGACGCGAUUGAACCACAAGCUGAGAGAAUCUUGCAAAUAAUGGAGAAAAAUAAUAAUAAUAAACAAAGUAACAUGGGUGCUGAUGGUCAUACUCAACAGUGGUCGCUCGAGUGAAUCCCUCGUGGCAGCUGUUUUCGUCGUUAUAAAAAGGGCCUCUUGUAUGUACUCUCAUUUCCUGCAACCACCUGUUGGAGGAUCGGAUGAUCCGAGCGAGAGUAUUCUCUUAAUCUUCUUUUUUUCAACUAAAAAUUCAACAAUCUCCCAUAGUUUUUAACUUGAUAUUCUCUCUUCUUGUUCUUCUUCUACACUGAUUAUUUCGAUGCAUUUUAUUUCGAAAAUGAUGUAUUCUUCACCGGAAAAAUAAUGGAAUGCGAAAUAGUAACGGAGUAGUUAUCGGUUUCACACGUGAUUUUAAUGAUUAUUACGUCUCAGGCGCUGGUGAUCUCAGAAAUAUAAUUAAUCUUGUAACUAAUUAAUUCUGGAUACUGUAAAGAAUUUUAUAAAUAAAAGAAAACAAUGCUCCUUAGGUAGAAUCGAGAAUUUAAAUUCAACCUAUAAAAACAGAUGAAUGGCAAUUGUUCGUAAAGCGAGAUUGUGUAAAAAUUGAAUGAAAGUUAUAAUGAAUACCCCACCCCCAGGCUCAGUUAAAAUCUUUUUCUAUAUUAAACAAAGUAAUAGACCUUAUUAUUGUAGCCAGAGAUGGAGACUGAUUCGCAAAUCAAUCGAAACCGUUAUAACGUCUUUCAAGAUUUGUCGUGAAAUAAUGUGAAAUGAAUUUAAUAAUAUUAAACAUAAUGGUGUAAAAAAAAAAACGUAUGGACAAUAUAGUGAAACUGAAAAGAACUAGCUGGAUGUAAGAUAGAUACGACAAUACCUUCUAGAUAAAAGAAAGAACCUUUAUGCAAUUUACAGAAAAUUCUUUUGAAUUAUGUCAGAAGUUUCUUUGAAAAAUUUUCAUUUUUCAUUUGAACUUGACGCAUCUGACGAAUUCACAUGGACAUAGAAAUCCAUUGAUGAAGUAUAAUCCAAAAUGACAUUUUACCAAGCCAAAAUAUUAUGUCUUUUGUUGACAAGUGAAUCCAAAUUUGACAUCUGUGCAUAGAUAGAGGGUUGUCUCUUCAUCUGUAUGUAUCAUAAUAUUCAAGCUUUUACACUUAACAAAUAUCGUGCGAUAACUGUUUAGCUCUAACACACCAAUCAAUGCAAACGAAUGGAUAACGAGGUGAAACAAUGAUUUAACGAAAGUUUU